AUGCUUACACUUCCAUCGCGAAUCGACGGAAACAUGGCUUUUGCUGUGAACGGAUACUGGGGGCAAGCCCUUAGCACCGACUAUUCCUUGAGGAACUUUUGCGACACUGGUAUCAAGUAUGCCAGCAUUAGCUUCAUCAACCUCUCUCCUGAACACGACCCGUCGGGGUCUGGCUUUCCGGGCCUCAACGUUGGACCGUACUGCGGGGCUGCCGUCUACAACGGCAACUCCAAGCUUCUCAGCGACUGCCAAUCCCUGAAGACGGAUAUCCCCUACUGCCAGUCCAAGGGUGUCAAGGUCCUGCUGAGCAUUGGCGGCGUUUGGGACAGCACGAACAACAACUAUGCCGUCUCGACCGAGGAGAAGGGCAUCGAGUUUGCCGAUUUCCUCUACAAGGCCUUUGGUCCUUGCCGCGACUCCUGUGACGGUCCUCGUCCUUUCGAUCCUAGCAGCUCGGAGCACGUCGCCAUCGACGGCUACGACUUUGACCUCGAGAUCCCCCAAGUUUUCGACAAUUCGCCCUACAUAGCCAUGGCCAACAGGCUCAAGUCACUGGACCCCUCCAUCUUCCUCUCUGCCGCCCCUCAGUGCCCGACCAGCGACCAGUACUUCCACAUGAAGGAGCUGAUCCAGAAGGCUCCGUUGGAUGCCCUCUUCAUCCAGUUCUACAACAACCCAGGCUGCCAAUACGACAGUGCCGGCUUCAACCUUAGAGAGUGGGGAGGCAUAAUCUCCGCAAGCGAUAAGAGCAAGCAAGCAAAGGUUUUUGUUGGCCUUCCCUCCGCCACCACGGCAGCUGGGAGCGGCUACAUCUCACCCGAGCAGAUCAGCGAGCUCAUCUGCCAGUACAAGGAUCUCAACAACUUUGGUGGCAUUUCGCUCUGGGAUCUCCAUCGCAGCGUCAACAUCAUGUCCAACGGCCAAACCUUCCUCCAGCAAGUCCUGGACUCGACCAACUCCGGCUGCGGCGCCGCAUUGCCAACGACUCCUUCCACCACAAGCGGCCAGGAAACCGAGAAGCGGUCUUCCAGCCCUGCGCCGGGGAGCCCUGCGCCUGAGACCCCCGCGCCCGGUCCGAACACGGAGAGCCCCGCGCCCAACCCUGCGCCGGAGAGCCCCGCGCCCAACCCUGCGCCGGAGAGCCCUGCACCCAAUCCCGCGCCGGAGGGCCCUGCGUCCAACCCUGUGCCGGAAGUUCCUGCUUCCAGCCCCGCCCCGGGAAGCCCAGCGUCGGGCCCUGCGCCGGGGAGCCCCGUCCCAUCCAUGCCCGCCGAACCGAUGACGACGGACUCUGCCACUGUCGAGAGAUCGAUGUCCACGGUGCCGGCUUCGUGGUCCAACUCGACCAUGUCGUCGCGCACGCAGGAGCCGAUGAUGACCAAGACCAUUUUCGGCGUCGAGAUUGAGACCGCCACCGAGUGCCCCCCGAACGUCGUCAAAUGUCCCGCUCGUGGCGUCCCUGUCACCAAGACGGUUGCUCUGUACACCACUGUCUGCCCGGCGAGCCUGACGGACCUCCCCGAGAGUAUUGUCAUCAACUCGACGCCUGCCCCGGCCCCUGUCCCCAGCCCGGCGCCGAGCACCGCCUCCAACACCGGCCUCGACAACGUCAAUACCUGCCCGCCGGGGGUCGUCGGCUGCAACGUGGGUGAGCCCAUGGCCAAGGAGGUUAAGCCGCCCUCGAGCGUCGAGGCGCCGUCGCCGAUGGUCCAAGAGGCUCCUGUGCCCGACUGCUCUGGCCCCGACUGCGCCGAUGCUUCCAUGAGGCCCGCCGCCAAUGCUCCCAUGAGGCCCGCCGCCAAUGCUCCCACCAAGCCCGCCCCCGAUGCCGCCAUCAAGGCCGUCAUCGAUGCUCCCACCAGCACCGUCGCCGAUGCUCCCGCCAAGCCUGCCGCCGAUUGCGAAGGACCCAACUGCCGCUCCGGCGUCGCUAAACCGUCAGUGAGGCCGGGCAGAAUUUCUCCCGGGGCCUCGACCGUUCCGUCGACAGUCAGCGGCAGUCCCUUCGUCGCCGGUGCUUCCACUCUGGCCAUGGGCCUCACCGGCCUGAUGGCCAUCUUCGCCGUCCAGGUCGUUGUCCUGUAA